UGGUAGUUGUUGAUAAAUGAUAAGUUUGAAAGUUGCUCAAUCGGCUUGCCAUAAGUGUACAUCAUAUAAAUCUACUACAUAGUUAAGUUUCUUAUGAACUGAUAUUUAUCAAUAAUGUAAAUACUUCUUGUAUGGAAUUUCAAGAUUCACUCCUGUGGACUGUGGAUUCGCCUCCAUCAGGUACUAAGGAAACAGUCUAAUCAUGGAAACGAAUUUUAAACCCCAGGAUGGAAAUUUAUCAGACCAGGAGACAGAUGAGCAAUCCUCCACAACAGGCGACUCCUUGGGACUCUAUGCAUAUUAUCCCAGCAUAGAUUUUCCUUUUAGCACACGAAAAUUCAAAAGUCGUUUGGGUAAGAGGAGACACACGAUAAAUCCAUUUCGAAUCUCCACUGAUGUGGUGGAACCACAAAACGAAAAAAAUAGCUCGGGCAAUAAUUCAAGAGAAGACAGUAGCAGUCUUAAAGAGCCAUUGAAACAAACAUCUACCAACAUUUUUAGAGGGAACACAACAACCCUGAACAGUCAACCACCUCAUCAGCCUUCUCAAGGAAAAAAUGUGUUAGGGUCUAUCAGUCUAAAUUGUCCAAAUUCUAAAUCAAAUCAAAUGUCUAAACAAGUCAAAAAUGAGCCAGAAACUCAGCGUGCAAGAUUAAACAUUGACUUGGAUGCACGGAAUUUUAUCAACAUAUUUGACAUGCCAUCAGUGAAAUUAGCUGAAACACCACCCAGGUUCAAGCCCUCUCUUAGUCUUCCUCAGUUGCGUAAUCCCAAAGCUGGAAAUCCAUUACUCGAUUCAGCUCCUCCUGCUGCGAAGGAUCUGUCAAUCAAUAAUUCGCCCCAAAAAACUGCGCCCAAGGCUAUGGAAUCAGUAUUGGAUUUAUCGAUGGACAAUCGUGCCAAAGGUAUUCCUUGUGUUGUCUCACAACCACAGAUCAUAAAUCCUAACUUUGUCGUACCGAAAUUGAAUCCACGACCGCAGAGCAAACCCUACUCGUUUUCAUCAGAUGUUGCCAAGUUUCGUCAAAAAGAAGGUGGGCCGAAGGUGACCAUCCAAAAUGCAUCACAGCCGUCCAAUCCUAGCAGUACUCCGUGCAUUAAAGUAAACAACAGAUCCUACAGUAUUCAUAGUACCAUUGGGAAAGGAGGCUCUAGUGAAGUCUACAAGGUGGAGGAUCCUGGCAGCAAAUCUUUCUUAGCUGUAAAAGUUGUAAAAUUAGCAGCAGUCGAUGAAGCAAUAGCUGAAGGAUAUAUGAACGAAGUUAAACUCCUCGAGAAAUUACAGGGCUGCCCGAGCGUCAUUCGCAUGUUUGAUUAUGAGUACAUCCAAGAAACCAAAAAACUGUAUGUUGUAAUGGAGUUGGGCGAAACAGAUUUAUCGCGACUACUGAAGGACAUCAAGAAGACAAAAGAGAUUUCUCCAAUUCGGAUCCUUUAUUAUUGGACAGAAAUGCUCACCGCUGUACAAGAAAUUCAUGAAAAAGGAAUCAUCCACUCAGAUUUGAAACCAGCCAACUUUCUCUUCGUCUCUGGAAGACUGAAGCUGAUUGAUUUCGGUAUUGCCUCUUCAUUGCAAGGCGACAUGACGUCCGUGCACAAGGAUAUUUGUGCGGGAACAGAGAACUACAUGAGUCCAGAAGCAAUCAAAGAUGGUACUGGUGGCAAUGACAAAAAAUACAAGAUAUCAUAUAAAUCAGAUGUGUGGUCUUUAGGUUGUAUUCUUUACAAUUUAAUAUAUGGGAAAACUCCUUUCUCGCACAUCACCAGUCGCUGGGGAAAAAUGUAUGCAAUUAUCAGCUCAAGCCAUAAAAUUGAUUUCCCCAACCAUCCAAUUCCCCCAAUACUACGUCAAGCCAUGCAACGAUGUCUCAUUCGGGAUCCAAAGCAGAGGCCAACAGUGAAGGAUCUCCUAGAUGGCGCCACUGGGUUUCUGUUUCAGUCGCCAUGCGUCUACUCCUGUAAAGAUCUCCCUCUCAAGAUACAGCAAACACUGCCACAGGAAUGUUGGCUGAAAAUCGCUCAUCUUUUUUAAAACCCGUGAAGUCGAUGGAAACUUAAAGGAAAUAAAUCAGUAGAACCCUGAGAGAA